GAACUGACUUCUUCUACGGUGGAGGGCAGCCCUGCGCCUUGCAGUGCACAGUCUGCCGGAAAAAUAUACGAAGAAGAAGAAGUAGCUGCAUUAGGCUGUGCCAAGGUAAAAGCUAACAGCUAGCUGUUAUGGUAAUUAUCUACAGUGACAGCUGAUACGUGGUAGUACGGCGGAAGUGUCUUCAGGUUUUGCUUUUGGCUAUAAGCUUCAGUUAAUUGCUCACUGUCCUUAGAGAUACUAAGCCGUCGUUUGGUUCAGUUUUUAUUAGCUAGUAACAUGGCUAAUCUGCUUUCAAUACAAUACGUUUCGUCUCUGAGGAAGUCUGGGAGUCUUAUUCAUUUAAGAGCCGCUGCCCUGGGCAUAAAUAAGAGGAACUACAGCAGCAAACCAUCCGAGUAUUUACACCGGAGUGUUGUGCCCUCAAUGCACUACCAGAAGAGUUUGCCCAGACUUCCAGUACCAAAACUAGAGGAUACCAUCAGGAGAUACCUGGCUGCUCAGAGGCCUCUUCUGGAUGAUGACCAGUUCAGAACAACAGAGAAACUUGCAGAAGAUUUUAAGAAUGGUGAUGGGAAACAGUUGCACGAAGAACUGGUUGCUCAAGACAAUAAUAAGCACACAAGUUACAUAUCUGGACCAUGGUUUGACAUGUACCUGUCUGCACGUGACUCAGUUGUUCUCAACUUCAAUCCCUUCAUGUCCUUCAAUCCUGACCCUAAGACAGAGUACAAUGACCAGCUUGUGCGAGCGACCAACAUGGUGUGCUCAGCAGUGAGAUUCAUGAAAACUCUCCGUGCUGGGUUACUGGAACCAGAGGUUUUCCACUUGAAUCCAGCAAAAAGUGACACAGAUGGAUUCAAAAAGUUUAUCCGCUGGGUCCCGUCCUCACUGUCGUGGUAUGGAGCCUACAUGGUGAAUGCUUACCCACUGGACAUGUCUCAAUACUUCCGUCUUUUCAACUCAACCCGGAUCCCCAAAUGUGGCCGAGAUGAACUGUUCACUGAUGACAAAGGUCGACACCUCCUAGUUAUGAGGAAAGGCAACAUGUAUGUGUUUGACAUUGUAGACAGGGAUGGAAAUUUGGUGAAACCUGCUGAGAUCCAGUCCCACUUAAAGUACAUUUUGUCUGACCAAACCCCAGCACCUUCCUUUCCUCUUGGGGUCCUGACCAGUGAGAACAGAGAUGUGUGGGCCGGGCUCAGGGACAAACUGAUAGCUGCUGGAAACGGAGAGCUUUUACAAACUGUUGACAGUGCACUCUUCUGUCUCUGCCUUGAUGAUGAGACCAUGAAGGACCACAUUCACAUCUCUCAUAAUAUGCUGCAUGGUGAUGGCUGCAACCGCGUGUAUGAUAAGUCCUUCAGCAUUAUUUUAACCAAAGAUGGACAGGCAGCCAUCAAUUUUGAGCACUCAUGGGGCGACGGUGUAGCUGUACUGCGCUUUCAGAAUGAGAUCUUUAAAGACACUACAGAGAAGCCACUGGUGCACCCUAGUUCUGCUGCGGCCAAUGUGGAUUCAGCCUCCUCCGUACGCAGACUGCAGUUCAACCUGGACAGUGACGCUGGAGAGUGGCAUCAAAAAGCCAAGGAGAUUGACUCAGCCGUGUCAAAACUCACCAAUGCCAUGGAGUUUAAGAAAGGUGAAGAACAGUUAAAGAAGAGCAAGUUGAGCCCAGAUGCCAUUGCACAGCUCGCGUUUCAGAUGGGCUUCCUGAGGCAGUAUGGACAAACAGUAGCAUAUGAGUCCUGCAGCACUGCAGCCUUCAAGCAUGGCCGCACUGAGACCAUCCGACCUGCUACCAUCCACACCAAACGCUGUGUGCACGCCUUUGUUCAUCAGCCAGGCCAACACAGUGUGGUAGCAGCUGCGAGCUAUGCUGAUGAAUGCUCUAAAUACCAUGGGCAGCUCACCAAGGAGGCAGCGAUGGGCCAAGGUUUUGACCGCCAUCUCUUUGCACUUCGGUACUUGGCAAACUCCAAAGGCCAGACUCUCCACAGCCUUUAUACAGAUCCCGCUUAUGGUGCCAUAAACCACAACAUCCUGUCUACCAGCACCCUCACAAGUCCAGCUGUGAGUCUCGGAGGCUUUGCCCCAGUUGUUCCUGAUGGAUUUGGUGUUGGCUAUGGUGUUCACGAUGACUGGAUCGGUUGCAAUGUGUCCACCUACCCAGCCCGCAACGUCCAUGAAUUCCUACAGUGUGUCCACAAGUCGUUAGAGGACAUUUUCACUGUUUUGGAAGGAAAACCACUCAGCUAACUGCAUUUAUCAUCACUAAAAAUCAAAGCACUGUAGGUAUUAAAUGAUCAUGCGAAUCGUUAUUUCUUAGGGCCUUUUUAGAUCUCAGAUUUCAUCUAUGACCUGUAAUUUAAGUAAGUUACACAAGAAUAAAUACUGUUUAUAUUUGAAUCACUUUAUUUUAUAUCGGCUCUUGAAGAUGUUCGUCACUUAAGUGUAACAGAGCCUUUGUAGCGCAUCUGUUACUGUGGCCUAAUGUGAAGUGUUAGCCAUGUUUUCAUACUUGACACCGCUCAAAUGGACAGUGAAGCUUUUCAGUUACAAUUGUAAUAGAGAUAAUAGUGUGAAGACACUGUGCCUUAUCGGACCAUGUGAAUUCUAAACAGAGCAUUUACUACUGUAAUGCAUCUUCUAUUUAAAUUACUAUGGUUAAUUGCUAUCAAAAGCCUUAAAGGUUUGGGUGAUUGUAUUUUUGCGAAUAAAACUCACUGACUCAUAU